AUGAGCUAGAAGGGUCACAUGACACGCUGCCGUGGCUAAUUUAGCCGACGUUAAAUCGAGAAAUGUAGAGAGAAACGCACAGGCCGGGCUUUGGACGUGCCUUUAGUGGUGUUUCUUCACAUCUCCUGCUGCCCGCUUGUUUGCGUCCUCCUCAGCCUGGACUGGCUGGGCGGCGGUAAAUGCCAAGUCUCAGAGAUGUCUGCCCUCGCUGGAGCUCUUCAGAACAUGUUUCUGUGUGGGAGGACUGUUCUGCCAAGCAAAGCUGUUUUAGUCCUGAUUUUUUUUUUUUCAUCCUUGCAUCACGAAUCCUCUGCUGAUGAAGACGAGGACUUUCAGGUUUACCCUGAGCGUGGUCACACGUGGACGCUUUGGCGCCUUUUCUCAGAACAUCCCACCCCUCGCCUCGCCUCCAGCGAGCACGCCGUCUUCCCAUAUUUCUCCUUGGUGAGGGGAUUCUGGGGGGUUUCGGGGAGGCCCAGUCCUCCACGGGGAGGCCCAGGAUGCUGGUCUCUGGGGGAUCAGGCCGAAACACCGAGAAGAACCGCCGCGUCACGUUUCACAGUGUGAGAGUUUACCCCCCACACCCUCUCAGUGUUAUUUUUCUGGAGUUUUCAGCCUUCUGUAAGUUUCCAGCAGACAUGUGACUUCCAGUCUAAUGUAAGAAGCCCGAUUCUUACCAGAAGCUGCAUCAGAUGCGGCUAAUUAGGCAAACAGUGAGUCCUGCUGUGUGACAGAGAGAAAGCGUGAGUGAGAGGUUGAAAAAGAAGGAGGAGUGUCAGAAAGGGAGAGAAAAGAGGGAAGAGAGGCGCUCAUUACUCAUUCGGUGGUUGGCUCUUCUCGCCACCCUCUCUGCGGCGCAGACUUUCUCGCUUCGAACUCUCAGCCCAGACCACAAAGCAGAAGUGGACGGAGACUUUCAGCGUCUGCGGGCGGCGAUGGCUCAGGGCUCCGACAGCAACGACACCAGCUACAAGUCUCCAUCACCCGGCAGCCGGCCGAGCUCCUCGGACGAUGUCAAGAAGGUGAUGCGGCGGGAGAAGAACCGGAUCGCCGCUCAGAAGAGCAGGAUGAGGCAAACGCAGAAAGCCGACAGCCUUCAUCUGGAGAGCGAGAACCUGGAGAAGGAGAACGCCGCCCUCAGGAAGGAGGUGAAGCAGCUGACGGAGGAGGCCAAGUACCUGUCGUCGGUGCUGAGCAGCCACGAGCCGCUGUGCACCGGCCUGGGCGCCCAGACCCCCGAGCUCCUGUACCCCCCCCACCCCAGCAGCUACCACCAGCACAUCGCCGUGCCACACUACCAGCACUGACCGCCCUCUGAGGACAGAGACUGAGCGAGGCGGCGGCGUCCGUUACAGCAGCAACAUGCAAUAUUCCGAACUAUUUAUUGAGCUUGUGUUCAUGUCUGUGGUGGUGAAUCUGUCUGUGACCCUAAAGGCCGUCCAUGUUUACAAGAAGAGGAGCGGCCCGCUCCCCACCCACCAGCCUUCGUCCUGCUGCCCGUGGACUGAGUUCUACUGAGUUCUACUGAGUUCUACUGAGUUCUACUGUGUUUCCAUUGUGUUUCUACUGUGUUCUAUUGUGUUCUACUGAGUUUCUACUGAGUUCUACUGUGUUUCUACUGUGUUCUACUGUGUUCUACUGUGUUCUACUGAGUUCUACUGUGUCUCAUCGCUCAGGAGCUUCUGACAGACUUGAUUGUGGACAAAGAGAAUGUAAAGUUGAGGCUCUAAAGGCCUAAAUGUACCAAAAAAGUUCAAGCCGGAAGUCAGGCAGGAAGUGGGCAUUUCAUUUCAAAAUAAGAGUGCAGCAAAUGUAUUUAUUAAAUGUGAUGUUUUGGA